AUGCCAGUCUACCACAUCGUUCUCUUCCGCCUCAAGCCAGGCGUCACCCAGGCCCAGCUCGCCAACUGGGGCGCUGUUGCGGAGAGCAUGGUGGGUAGAAUCCCCGGCUUGAUAUCGUUGAAGGCCGGGCAGCCGUUGCCUAUCAGUGUUCCCCGUGCGAAGGGGUUCGAUAUGGGGCUUGUGGCUGUGAUGGAGUCGCCCGAGGCUGUGGCUUCUUAUGCUACGCAUCCGGUCCAUCUUGAGUUUGUUUCCGCCACCCGCCCCUUGCUCCUUGUUACAUGUGUGCUUGAAUUGGCUAAUGAGGGGCUGCAGGGUGUCGAAACUGAGAGAGGAGUUGUGCGAUGA